AUGAAUGCCACCGACGAUCUCACUGUGUCGCGGGGUGUUACUCAGGCCUUGACUCGGGCCAUAUUCGAUUGCCUGAAUAGGAUUGCGGUCGAUUGCUUGGCCGAAAUGGAGCGUGAGCGUAAACAGGCGGAGCAGGUCCCGAGGCCAAGUAUCAGCCUGAAGUGCACCCGAACUGUCGCUGUUGCAGAAGUGCACGGUUGCGCUAUGUCAGUUGGCCAAAGGAACCACACGGACAUGUUCGACGAGUAUCUUCACGUUGGGGACACAACUGGAUGUGAGUGCUUGAAGAAAUUUUGCAGGGGAGAUGUGAAGGUUAUCCGCAACCACAUAUUUGCGAAGGCAGACCGCUGCCGAUUUCCAGUCCCUGAUGAACUUACACAAGAGGGUGCACGGGCAAUCAUCUGCCCAACGAAUCCGAAGAGAGCUUUAUUUGCUCAAUGGCAGGAGACUGCGCAGAAGGAUGUGGAGUGGGCAUUUCGUGUGCUCCGAGCGCGGUGGGAAAUAGUAAAAGGUCCGGCUCGAUUCUGGUACAAGGAUUUUAUCGCCGAUGUCAUGUAUGUGUGCAUCAUCUUGCAUAACAUGAUAGCCAACGAUGAAAGUACAAGAUUCACCUAUUGGGGCUAUGAGGAAGCUACACCUAGCUCUGGCGUGGCGAUCCCGCCCCACGUUCGAGGAUUAUCGAUGGGCUACAAUGAGGUUCUAGCGGCACAGAUCUCUGUGCGCAACCAACAUGACCAUACUCGCCUCAUGUCCGACAUGGUUGAAGAAAUUAAGUCACGUAACCGCAGUUGA